GUUUGUUCAGAAUGCACAGUGGAACACACUGGACGUGGCGUGAAUUUAUAAAAACUAGCCGUGUUUCAUCUCGAAUGAGGUCAGUACAGCAGAGGUGCCAGAGGGACCUGCAGUGAGUCUUGGCUUAACAAAGGUGCACCGAGCUGGGCAACAUCUGCUGAGGCUUCCUGUUGCCUCCUGCACACUAGCAUGGAGAUGGAGCAGUCCCUGAAGACAGAUGGCCCCACUGCUUUAAGCUCUCAGGUGCAUGCAGCAGCAGUGAACGGAGACAAAAGCUCCUUGCAGAAACUGAUCACAGAGCCCUGUUUAAGGGACAGUGAGGAUCAGUUCGGCAGGACCCCUCUGAUGUACUGCGUUCUGGCCGACCGUCUGGACUGUGCAGAGACCUUACUGAAGGCUGGAGCUUCGGUCAAUAAAGCUGAUCGUAGCAAAAGAACUGCUCUGCACCUCGCUGCACAGAAGGGCAAUGCUCGUUUCAUGAAGUUGCUCCUGGCGCGACACGCUAAUUGGAUGUUGAAGGAUCUCGAAGAAAUGAUACCAUUGCACUUGGCGACUCGCCACUCCAGCCCCAAACCUCUCUCCCUUCUCCUUAAGCACAUGGCACCUGGGGAGGUGGAUACUCAAGACAGGAGAAAACAAACAGCAUUGCACUGGAGUGCAUUCUACAACCACCCUGAACACGUAAAGCUGCUGAUCAAACAUGACUCGAACAUUGGAAUCCCUGACAGCGAGGGCAAGAUCCCCCUCCACUGGGCAGCUCACAACAAGCACCCGAAUGCCACUCAUACUGUGCGCUGCAUUUUGGACGCCGCUCCCACAGAGUCUCUGUUGAACUGGCAGGAUUACGAAGGCCGAACGCCGCUUCACUUUGCAGUAGCUGAUGGAAAUGAAGCCGUGGUGGACGUUCUUACAUCGUACGAAGGAUGUAGCGUUACAGCUUACGACAAUCUGUUCCGAACACCACUUCACUGGGCAGCACUGCUCGGUCAUGCACGUAUAGUUCAUCUGCUGCUGGAGAGAAAUAAGUCAGGCAUGAUUCCAUCAGACAGUCAAGGAGCCACACCACUGCACUAUGGCGCUCAGAGCAACUAUGCUGAUACAGUGGCGGUGUUCCUGAAGCACCCCUCAGUGAGGGAUGAGCCGGAUCUGGAGGGCAGGACCGCGUUCAUGUGGGCUGCUGGGAAGGGCAGUGAUGAUGUCAUCAAAAUCAUGUUGGAGCUUAAGCAUGACCUGGACAUCAACAUGGCUGACAAAUAUGGAGGAACAGCACUACAUGCGGCUGCACUCUCAGGCCAUGUGUCUACUGUGCAGUUGUUGUUGGAAAAGGGGGCUACGGUGGACCCUCUGGAUGUGAUGAAACACACUCCACUAUUCCGUGCCUGUGAGAUGGGACAUCGUGACGUCAUUCUCACUCUCAUUAAAGGUGGGGCACGAGUGGACCUAGUGGACACAGACGGGCACUCGGCACUGCAUUGGGCAGCGUUGGGCGGUAAUGCUGAGGUGUGCGAGGUGCUGAUGGAAAACGGACUCGGGCCAAACCAGCAGGACCAUGCAGGCAGGACGCCGCUGCAGUGUGCUGCCUAUGCAGGUUACAUUAACUGCAUGGCCCUGCUCAUCGAACACCACGCUGACCCCAACAUCCAGGAUAAAGGGGGAAGGACCGCACUCCACUGGUCGUGUAAUAACGGUUAUCUUGAUGCUGUAAAACUACUUUUGGGAUGUGGAGCUUUUCCAAACCAUAUGGAGAACACAGAAGAGAGGUACACUCCUCUGGACUAUGCCCUGCUGGGGGAGCAUCAAGAGGUGACACAGUUCCUGCUGGAGCAUGGUGCUCUGUCCAUUGCUGCCAUCCAGGAUGUUGCUGCCUCCUCCAUCCAGGCCUUGUAUAAAGGCUACAAAGUGCGCCGAGCAUUCAAGGAGCGUAAGAACCUCUUAAUGAGGCACGAGCAACUCCGCAAGGAUGCCGCCAAAAAAAGAGAAGAAGAGCGCAGGCGCGAAGCAGAACAACAGCUCUUACUGGCUGGAGCACAGUCCCACCCCCAGGUCUUACUGGUUCAAGGUGGUGGCAAGAAGCUACCAAUGGCUGAGAUGGAACGCAGCCACGACACUGACGAUGCAGUGACCCCUAAAGGCCACAAACACCGUAAACCAAGAGUACGUGACACCCAAUCAGAGCUUAGAAGUGAAACUCCAGACAUCUCUCGCCUCUCUCUGACUUUAAAACCACCCGUUAGUGGCAGCAGAUCGGACAUAAUGACUGAUGUGUGUGAGAGCGGAGUGUAUGUGUCUGAGGAGUGUGUAUCCAAACCUGAGCGCCGUUCUCCAGCCAGCUCCAGCAGGCCGGGCAGCGCUAGACCAGCACACACUGGCCAUUCGAGACCCAGAACUUCAACUCACAAUCCAGAAACCAGUUCAAAACCGGAAUCCAGAACAAGCCAUCCUGCUCCGACAUCCCCUCAAUCCAGCAGGCCCGGCUCGGUUUCAACACAAGCAAGAAGAGAGAGAAGCAGAACGAGCGAGAGGACGGCUGAGGUCUUAAGGGAGAACCUGCCCAGGCCCAAGAACGAAAAAGACAGGAAAGAGAAGGAAGAGAGGAGGACUAACAAAGAGGAAAGAGGAACUCAGAGAGAGGGGGAGAAGUGUUCCAAGUCUGAAAGAGACGGAGAAAGAAUGUUAGGAAGGGAGAAAGAGAAAGCCGCGGGUCCCGGCGCUGAGAAAGGAAGACGGGCGGAGACGGAGAGAGAGCGCAGAAGAAAGAGUCUUCACCGAAAGAAUCAAGCAGUGAGUGUAAUACAGACGGCAUGGAGGAGGUUCUGUGUCCGCAGACGCCUGAGAGAAGUCUUGUGUGAAAACGUUAAAAGGCCUGAGCUUACAGAGGUCACAGCCCUUCUGAUUCAGCUAAUAUGGCAGCGACCCAUCAACUUUCGUAACAUUCGUCCAAAAAGCAUUUCUACAGCACAGCCACCUACUGUCAAGGCUACAGCCAAGAAAAGCUCAGUUCUACAGAGUAUUUAUGGAGGAGCCCAGGCCAAAAGGGGGCGCUCUCUUAGAACUGCAUCUGCAAUCAACACCCACAGCCAGAGCCAUUUACUAUCUGACCUGUCACUGAAAACCAGCAAGCAAUUGAGUGGUGUGGAGUGUGUGCACUUACUGGACUCUCUGAAUCAAGCCAAGCAGUAUUCCUACCACUUACGUCCUCAGAGUGCCAGCAGCCAAAGAAGCAAGAACUCGACACCCUCACCACACACACACACUGCACACUCAGUCACUGACCCACACUAACCGUCUGCACCAGAUCAAACCAUCAGUCUUCACCUGGCAUAUUUUCAUGCAUACACAUUUUUGCCAACCUUCCGAUUGGCUGUCCCAAAUGGCCCUAACAUGCUGGCACCCUGUCCAUUUGGUGUAUUCCAACAUUACAUUUCCAGGUGGCACCAAACCCACAGCAACCCUGACCCUGCAGAUAAAUCAGUCAUUAAAUAGGAAUGAAUCUGUCGUAUGAUAAUUCAUGUUACUCCAGACUGAUGAGAGAAAUGAAUCUGUAUCGCAUUUGUUUGCCAGACCUCGUUUUGUUGCCACGGACAACCACCUAGGUCAAAGGUUAAACCCACAAACACAGAAUACACAGAAGAUAACCUUUCAUCAUGUCAUCGUCUGGUUAUGCACCUGUCAUAGGGGUGAAAUACACCUGACAUAACAAGGCCACCUGCACACGGGUGCUUGAAACAUGCUAAGAAAACAUGAAGCAAGCUCCACUCCAGUUACUGAGAUCAGGAGUGAACCUCCACUGUAUACAGGUGUGAAAAUUAAUCAUAUGGAAAAGUGGCUUUUAACUGAAUGGGUACAAAUUCACACAGACACACUCCAAAUUAUUGUAAAGAGACUUUCCAGGAGAGUGGAUACCGUUAUAAUUACAUUUGGUUUUUCACAUUUUGUCCGUUAAAUCCGAAAUCCGUUAAAUCAAGGCUUCACUGUAAUAUUAAUGUUUCCUCUUGGUUGCUUAAACAAGCAUCAUUAGCACUUUCCUGGUGCAUCACUAUUGUAACUAUACUCUGUAAAUAUGACCAUUAUUUUGCUAA